AUGAGGAAGAGGCCCGGCGAAACGCUUCGGAAGUAUGCCGAGCGUUACUGGCAAUUGUUUAACGAGAUACCCGGUGUUGAUCAAUACUGGGCAGCAAGGAACUUCAAAAAUGGAUUGGAAACAGGAAGCAAGAUUUUAGAUGAGCUGGCAAUACGGGCACCUCAUGGAAUGAACGAGCUAAUGAGGACGGUUGAACAGUUCUGUUCCUACGAAGAGUUCCUCGCCGAACGAGAACUCCAAGGAGGACAAAACUCAACUGCACCUCAAAGCCUUCAUAUCCCCACGCCCCAAAUCGCACCACCAAAGCCUGUGGUCGCGGUCCAGCCAAAGAAGCAGGUCAACACAGUCAAGAUGGCGGACAAAAAGGGUCCGAAAGCUCAUGACUAUAUAGCUGAAACCACCGUUUUUAAAGAGCCAAUUUAUUUCCUCCUCUGUACGUUAGAGAGGGAACCGUUCUUUGUAUGGCCGAACCCUCCCAAGUUGAACACAGAAGAAGGCAACAAUAAUGGUCGAAAGAGAUGCUCGUACCACAACGAACUUGGGCAUUACACUACGGCUUGCACUCCAUAUAAAGCACUUUUGGAAAAUUUAGCGGCACAAGGACUAAAUUUAGCGGCACAGGGACUUCUCGAUGAUCAUAUUGACUGGACAAAAACGCCGAGGAGACAACCGAACGCCAGUGGACAAAUCCCAUUCCCCGUCCGAUCGGGGUAA